CUGAAACCCACGCCAAAGGUGUUGUAAUAGACUGAAGCAGACGUAUAGUCGACUUUAUUUAACCCUUUAAGGGCGAAUUUUUUCAAAAGCUGUUUGCCAUAUAGUUGAGUGAUUAUUGCGAAUCUGCUACACUGCCACAGAAAGGGUUAAUGAAACCUCAUUUCGUGAUUCUAUUAUUUCGAGCUUUGAGUGUCUAGCUAUUAUACUUCCCGAUGUUUCAAAUCAGAUUCUAGGUUUUACAGUAUUUACAACCAAAACAUGCAGUUCAACAGUUCAAACAGCGAAUACAUGUUAACGUGGGAACGGUCCAUAAGCAGGUCUCAUUUUCGACACAAAUUGUAAAAAAAUAACAUGUUUGUUCAGCAUUAAGUGAGUAAACACAAGGGCACGAUAUAACAGUCGUUCAUGGAUCAUUUACGAGUAUUAGAUAUACGUAUUGAGCUUGUUUUCAUUAAAAAUAAAUGCUCCCGAAAUGACGUCUUUAUUGAAAGUCUUGUAUACGGUCAAUGUCAUCUUCUGUACCACAUCCUUUUGGUCUGAAGCCUUAUUAUGUGAUUUCGAAGAUGAUGUUUUGUGUGGUUUUACUUCCGAUCGUACCGCUGACUUCAACUGGACCCGCAGUAACUCAACAUCCAGUGAAAAGACUGGACCAUCUUCGGAUCACACUUAUGGAUCCGGUUGGUUUGUUUACAUUGAGACGACCUACCCGACAUUGAACAGAGACAAAGCUCGUUUAGUAACACCUUAUGUCAGCGCAAGUGAAAACUGUCUCACCUUUUAUUAUCACAUGUAUGGUGAUCACGUGAACACGUUGAAUGUGUUUGUGAGGUCAGGCUCCGAUAAGAAAAAAUUGAUUUGGUCGCUGUCUAAGAACCAGGGAGAUGCUUGGAAAAUGGCACAGGUUUCUUUGACUGGGAAAAAUGCCAGGAAGCAAGUAAUCUUCGAAGGAGUAGCUGGUCCUAGUUACCGAGGAGACAUUGCUAUCGAUGAUGUCAGUUUUGCAUUGAAUCAUUCAUGUUCUUUGACACCUACGUCAGCAUACCCCCGCCGUCAAAAUCCGACUCCGAUACCAAGCGCUCGUUUGAGGCCUCAGUCUUUUUUUUGCGGUGUCAAGUUUGGAUCACGUAUUGUUGGUGGCUCUGUAACUCAACCUGGUGUAUGGCCUUGGAUUGCAAUGUUGAUGAAAAAGGAUCGAAAUGGAAACAUUAGGCAGUUUUGUGGUGGGACUCUUAUUUAUCCAAAUGUUGUCCUCACUGCAGCACAUUGUGUCGUUGAUAUUCCACCUAACGAGACGGCAUACGUGAGGAUGGGAGCGUACUAUACAGACACGAAUAAAACAAUCGGAAAUGAGCAGGAUUUUAGGAUUGUUAAGAUUAUGAUUCAUCCCGAUUACAACGUUGGAAAUUUUUUGAACAACGACAUUGCCUUACUGCAACUUGAUAGAAACGUCAAACAGAGCCUCUAUGUCCAAGACGCGUGUCUUCCCAAAACUGGUCGUGAUUUCCCCGGGACAAAGUGCUUCAUAGCUGGUUGGGGAGAUUUAAAGACAGGGGGGGAUGAUGCUGUUCAUUUGAUGCACGUUGAAGUCCCCAUUGUAUCGAAAGAAAACUGCACGGGAAAUUCCUCAUAUCCAAAAUCGGUGAUUACUGCCAACAUGCUCUGUGCGGGCUAUAAAAAAGGUGGUAAAGAUACGUGUCAAGGAGACUCCGGAGGACCUUUGAUGUGCAAUGAUGGGUAUCGGUGGCGUAUUGUCGGUAUCACAAGCUGGGGCUAUGGCUGUGCUUCUCCCAAUUAUUAUGGUGUAUACACCCGAGUAGGAAGUCUGUUAGACUGGAUUGCAUUUGCUCUGACAUCUAUCGAAAAGCCUGUUCAAGUCUAGUUGUAUGUAAUCUGAAUAGAACAUAGAUAAAAUCGUGCAUUUCAAAAACA